GGCUAAAAAAGACACGCCGGUUUCGGCGUGCUGAGGUAUGAACAAAUGUCGUCCUAAUAGCUACGUUAGUCGGAACUCCCUCCGAGAAUUCACCAAGGAAGAUCGGAGGCGGGCCAACGAGAGGGCAUGGGAUUACCGAUGGAACGACGGACGAUUAGAAAAACGAAAGACGGAUGGUAGUGGGAUUUGGAUGUCAGUGCCUCAUCCGUUCAUGAGACAGCUGGACGUGCUGAUCCUUAAAGUCGACAAGUGGAUGGAGUGGUGGCACGUGUACAUCGCGCUCAGUUUCUAUCUCCUCGAGGUGGUGUUCCAUUGGGCCGAGCUGGCCGACAAGGACAAGGAGGACGAAGUCCCCGACGAUGAGGUGGAGAUGCUGAUAGUCCAAGCUUGGAGAACGGAGACGGAGAUGGAGCUGUUGGGGAUCCUGUUUGGAAAGGUGAGGGACGACCAUGUGGAGCCAAUCACGACUGAAAUUGUGGUGUUCCUGGCACAAAUCUUCGACGAUCUGCCUCUAGACAUCCUUUCACGCUGCGACGAGUGGCCUGCGCCGGCCACGCUUACCCAUACGGUGGUAGCGCAUCUGUUGUGGUCCAUGUGUACGAAGCUCGAUGGGAACAACUGCCAUUACCCCUCCUCGGGCCACUAUUUGGUUAUUGACGUGAUCGAUCUCACCUUGUGGGAUCCGAUCAUUCGAAGGGUGGAGGUAGGAGAAGCAGGAGACGAAGAAGAGGCGGAAGACGAGAGAAAGGAGGCGAGCGAAGAAGAAGAAGAAGAAGAAGAAGAAGAAGAAGAAGAAGAAGAAGAAGAAGAGAGCUCAGAGGCCAAGAUCCGACGAUCCCGACUACAACGAGUCGGAGGAAGCCGGGUCGGAAGAGAGUGCGUCGGGCGAAUCAGGUGACCCCAGUGAGCAGAGCGAGGAAAAUCACGAGGCCACAACACAGAGGAGGCGAGAGAGGGCAGAAGGAAAACGACCGGUGGAGGAAUCAGACGGACCAGCAGCGCGGUUGUUACAAGGCGAUCCGGUGCGCAACCCAGA